UCGUACUACACUCAAAGCUCUCUCUUCAAGGUUUUCUAUUCAAACCUUAUAUUAUUACACAUCGCUCUCAGUUUACUAUUUACUCGUACCCCCUCUCCCCUCACCUCUAACCUCUCCUCUCCUGCCAUUGCUAUAUCCCCCCCACCCCUCUCCAUUUCUCUUUCCAUAUUGCUCUACCUCUCUUCUUCCCUCACCAUUUUCACAACAACCCACACAUUGCCACACACACACACACACACACACACACAAAUAUAUAUAUAUAUAUAGAGAGAGAGAGAGAGAGUGAGAAGAUGUAUAGGUGCAGUAGUUCACAUUGUAACAUGGUGGGAUCAUGUACAUGUGGUGGUGUGUUUCACAGUCAAAGCAAUUCCUUCUCAAUGCUAUUCAACCACCACAGGCCCUUUGAUGAAGCUGAAAUGUAUUCAUUCACACCAUCCUCCUCUUCUUCUUGUUCUUCUGUGGAUUGCACUCUCUCACUUGGAACUCCAUCCACUAGACUCACCAACAACGACGAGACUGAAAAGCGAGUCCACCAUGACCGUCGCUCUGGUUCUCGCAUGUCCAACUUUUGUUGGGAUAUUUUACAACAAUCCAAGCACACAGCUUCUCCGCCGCCAACUCACAAGGCCGGCCGUGGAAGCAAUACCAACAACUCCGGCGGCGGUGGCGGCGAUCCCCUCCUUGCUCGCCGCUGUGCUAACUGCGACACCACUUCUACUCCCCUCUGGAGAAACGGUCCCAGAGGCCCUAAGUCGCUUUGCAACGCUUGUGGAAUUCGAUUCAAGAAGGAAGAGAGAAGGGCAAGUGCAGCUACCGUCAGCACCACCACUUACGGCGGAGCUGGGUCAGGAGGAGGAGGAGUAAUGGAGCCUCCUCAACACAUGAUGAACAAUUCAUGGGUCCAACAACACUCACAUUCCCAGAAAAUGCCUUGCUUCUCCCCGGCCACCACGACCACCGGCAACGAAUUCAGUUUCAUCGACGACGAUCGCGACUCCGACACCGGCAUUCCCUUCCUUUCUUGGCGCCUCAACGUCACAGACAGGCCUAGCCUUGUUCAUGACUUCACAAGAUGAUCAUCAAGAUCAUGAUCAUGAAUAUAUAUGAUAGAAAUGGCUACAUAUAUAUGGUUCUUCAUCAAAUUCUUUUCUUCUUGUUCUUGUUGUGGUGUUGAAAAAAGCUUGUCCGUCUAACAUAGAUGGAGUGAAAAUGGGGAUAAUUCUAUGUUGUUUUUAGUUGCUUUUCUUUACUAGUUCUUUAACUUUUUUUCCCUUUUGAGUCUACCAUAUAUGUGUUACUUUUCUGUGUAGUCUAUUUCAUAUACUUUCUCAGAGGAAGAUGAUAGUGGUGUUGUUAUGUUGAUGAUGAUAGAUCAUAGAUGCACCGUCCGAUUUGUUUACUGUCAUGUUCAAGAAGGGUGGAUUGGUUAUGCAUCAACUCCACUGGUUUGUCA